UCGCACCGCCACUGCUCUCUCCUCUCCCCGACCUCCUCCUCCCCUCUCCUCUUCGCCUCCUCGUCUCGUCUCCUCCGUUUCCCAUUUCGUCGCGACCCAAAACCCUCACCUCCAAUCCAAGCUCCCCGCCCCCGCACCCCCAUCGCCCCGAUGUCGCCGGCCGCUGGUGGCGCCGCCCCGACCCAGCUGCCGCCGCCACCGGUUGCUGCCUCCCCCUCCCCCCCUCCGCUGGCUGCGGCGGCGGCGGCGGCGGCGAUCGCGGGGCCCGAGGGCGACCGCGCGCCGCCGCCGCAGGGGAAUCGGCGGGAUCCGGCUGGUUCCGCGGAGGGCGCCGAUCCGGGCAAUGCGGCGGCGAGGAAGACGGCGUGGAACGUGCCGGCGCCGCCCCUCGCCGCGGCGGCGGCUGCGGGGGCGGGGGUGGGGGUCCCCGGCGGCGGCAUCAUGGGGGGCGGGCCCGGGUCGUGGCCGGCGCUCGCGGAGUCCGCGGCGGCGCGAGGGUCGUGGCCCAAGUCGGCGUCGUCGGACUCCCUCAAGUCGCUCUCCGAUGGCUCCGCCCCCUCCGCAUCGGAGGAUUUGAUUGUGCCAUCUGUGCAACCGCAUCCAGUUGCUAAUCCGAUCUCCGGUGGCUCAAACCCUACCUCUUCGCCCCCACCUCCCAAUGCUACCGUGGUGGUUACCUCGGAACAGAACGGCAACACAGACCAGUCAAAUCCAGUUCGGCAUAGCAGCGGUGGCCACUGUGCUGGUAGUAAUAGCAGCCGUGAUGGAAACACUAGCGAUGGUGGUGAUGGGAGCUGGAACGACGGAGGCCUUGGUAGUGGAAGCGGUUCCAACAGCAGCUAUGGACACGGCAACAGCACCAACGGUGCUGGUGGUGCAAAUAUGAACAAUAUCAUCCAUAGCAGUGGCACCAGUAGCAGUGCCAAUGACAGCAGCAGGAGGAUAUCUGGCAAUAACAACUGGAACAAUAACGGACGCAGUGCUGGCAGCAACCAUAAUGCUGCUGGCAGUGGUGAUGGGAGCAACAGAAACCUCUGGAACAACAAUGGCCGAAAUGGUGGUGGCAGUAGCAAUGGUUUUGUUGGUCGUGGUGGUCACCGGAAUCGUCGCGACCAUGAGAGAGGGGGUAGUUUCUCCCCUAGGAACUACCCCCGGCACACGCCCAUGCCACCCCAGCAACAACAGCCAGGCAUAUACCAGCCUGGACCUUUUCCACGACCACCGCCGCCGCCGCCCCCUGGCCAUUUUAUGGUGCCACAGCCUUUUGUGCCAUAUGUUCCGCACUUUGCAUACCCUGCUGAUGUGCAAGGCUAUCCUUUCUAUCUCCCACCUAUGGAGCAGUUCCAGAACAUGCACCUUGUCCGGCCACAAAUGCAGCCAUUAUGGGUUCCCCAGGAUCAACAGAAUCUUCAAGAGGAUAUCCGCACGCAGAUAGAAUUCUAUUUUAGCACUAAUAAUCUGUGCCAUGACACAUUCUUGAGGAGACAAAUGGAUGAUCAGGGAUGGGUACACAUUGACGUAAUCACAAAAUUUAACCGGAUGAGGAGAUUUACAAACUUGGUAGACACCAACUAUAUACUAGAUGCUGUUCGUGGCUCAGAGCUAGUAGAAGUGCAGGGAAAUACCGUCCGAAGGCGCAAUAAUUGGGCAGAAUGGUUACUCCUUUAAGCCCCCAUCCUGCAAAUCAGGCCAAAUGCAGAUUGAGAUGGUGAUAUACGGCUGGUUGCUAUCCUGGAUAGCCGAUUUGAAAGGGUUGCUCAUUUGAUCACGGACUUAGGUUUCGUGAUGAAUCAUGGUUGUACAGUGGGUCAUUUCGGAGUAAGAAGAUUUUGUUUGUUUAGGUCAGACUUGUUGGCUGCUCGGAAAGGCAUAUUAAAGGCAUUGCAAGGGGGCAAAUACACCAAAAAUAGGAAACAAUUUCCAGAAUAUAAAUCCUUUUUUGGUCUGUAUAGUUUUUGUCGGAUAAAGAAACGGUCGGUGCCUUUUCAUCAUAAGACGGUGCCCUCUUUACUGUUGUGGAUGUUCGGUGGGGUUUAUUUUGGGAUUACCCCGUCAUUUUUUGGUUGCAUGCACGAUGAUUCAAGCUACUGAAGCAGCGAGGUUUACCAGAAUAUUUUUUCCUUUUCACCUUUUGUUUUCUUUGAAUCCCCAACAUGCUUUGUGAAAAGAUUAUGCGAUUGCUCUCCUUGAUGACAUGGUCGUCAAGUUGUAUUGGCCAAGAGAUACAGGGGUUUUUUUUGUAGAAUCAGUUAUGGUUUAUUUGGAAUUUUGGCCUAAUCCGGAAGCUUUGGGUGAUUCAUUUUAGAACACAUCGAUUUGUAUUGUCCAA